AUUUCAUUAACCAACCAGCAAUUGUUCCAUAAUUGUCACACUACACUACUAGCAACCAUGGUUACCAGAAAUCAUUUGUAUCAUAUUUCAUUGGCAAUGCUUUUGUGCAUGGCAUUCUGGGCUGUUCAAGCCACAUCUCGCACUCUCCAAGAUGCCUCCAUGUAUGAGAGGCAUGAGCAAUGGAUGCUUCGUUAUGGAAAAGUGUAUAAGGACCCUCAGGAAAGGGAAAAACGUUUCAGGAUAUUCAAGGAUAACGUGAAUUACAUUGAAGCUUUUAACAAUGUUGCCAAUAAACCUUACAAGCUAGGCAUUAAUCAGUUUGCAGACCUCACCAAUGAGGAGUUCAUUGCACCAAGAAAUAGAUUCAAGGGCCACAUGUGUUCCUCAAUCACAAAAUCAACCACUUUUAAGUAUGAAAAUGUAACUGCAGUACCAUCCUCUAUAGAUUGGAGACAAAAAGGAGCAGUUACACCCAUCAAGGACCAAGGCCAAUGUGGAUGUUGCUGGGCAUUUUCUGCUGUUGCAGCAACUGAAGGAAUUCAUAAGUUGAGUACUGGAAAAUUGAUCUCUUUGUCAGAACAAGAAAUUGUUGAUUGUGACACAAAGGGUGUGGACCAAGGCUGUGAAGGUGGUCUUAUGGAUGAUGCAUUCAAAUUCAUCAUCCAAAACCAUGGACUCAACACAGAAGCCAAGUACCCCUAUGAGGGUGUUGAUGGAAAGUGCAAUGCAAAUGAAGCAGGCAACCAUGCUGCUACCAUUACUGGGUAUGAGGAUGUUCCUGCCAACAAUGAGAAGGCACUGCAAAAAGCUGUGGCAAAUCAACCAGUUUCUGUAGCCAUUGAUGCCAGUGGCUCUGACUUUCAGUUUUACAAAAGUGGUGUCUUCACAGGUUCAUGUGGAACUGAGUUGGAUCAUGGUGUUACUGCUGUGGGAUAUGGUGUUAGUGACGGGACUGAGUAUUGGUUGGUUAAGAACUCAUGGGGAACUGAAUGGGGUGAAGAAGGAUACAUUAGGAUGCAAAGGGGAGUGAGUGCUGUUGAAGGACUUUGUGGCAUUGCAAUGGAAGCUUCUUACCCAACAGCAUAAUUAUAAAAUUUGGACACUAUUAUACUAUUUACAGUUCUACAUAUUGUUUUUAACUUUUAAGCAUUGAUUCCUGCUAUUUCUGUGUAUAUCACUGUAUCCCCUGCGUGAAUCAUUGUAUUUACCUAUCAAUUACUAUACUAUGAAAAAUGAGUAAUGGCCAUGAGUUAUAUGACUUA